CUUUGGGGAGUUGGGGGAGGGGAGAGAGAGAGAGGGCGAAGCAGGGAGAUCCCUGCCUGCCACUGUGAUGUCACAGAGUAAACCUCAUGUGUCAGCCAGCCCCGCCCUGACUGAUGUUCUAGCUGCGGGACACCCUUUCCAUCCUCUCCAGACCACCUCACACCACCGUAGCCCUCUGCAGGCAAGAGGAGCCUGAUUCAUCUUCACACUAGAUACUCAUUCCACUUGACCAGCUAAAAUAGAGAAGACAAACUGAAAUAUCUUUGACUCAGAACUUCAAAAGUGAAUGAACAAGUUCUCUCAACUGACUCAAAAUGUUUGUCUCACCCAGAAGAUGGAGCUCCCGAAGGUCUUCUCUGGCCAACGGACAUUCCUAUUUGCCGUCCUCAACCUGCUAUCACUCAGCUUCUCCACAGCAUCCCUGCUCAGCAACUCCUGGUUUGUGGGCACACAGAAGAUGCCCAAGCCCCUGUGCGGAGAAGGUCUGGCAACCAAGUGCUUUGACCUGCCAGUGCCCUUGGAUGGGGGCGACCUCGACGGCGACAGCACAUCAUCCCAGGAGGUGGUGCAAUGCAGCUGGGAGACUGGGGAUGACCUCUUCUCCUGCCAUACCUUCCGGAGUGGCAUGUGGCUAUCCUCCUGUGAGGAAACUGUGGAAGAACCAGGGGAGGAAUACCGAAGUUCCACUGAACUCACACCACCAACCAAGAGAGGUGAGAAAGGACUACUGGAAUAUGCCACGUUGCAAGGCCUACAUCACCCCACUCUCCGAUUUGGAGGGAAGCGGUUAAUGGAGAAGCCUUUCCUCCCCCACCCUCCCUUGGGGCUUGUGGCAAAGAACCUAUGGCUAUUGCUGGGAGCCCAAUUUGCCUGCAACAGACUUGAACUCGUCGCUUUCCUCCUCCUAUUAACGGACCUGCUGUUCACCGGGGACCCUGGCUGCGGGCUCAAGCUGAGCACCUUUGCCGCUAUCUCCUCUGUCAUGUCAGGCCUCCUGGGGAUGGUGGCCCACAUGAUGUAUUCACGAGUCUUCCAGGCAACGGUCAACUUGGGUCCAGAAGACUGGAGGUCACAUGCUUGAAAUUAUGGGUGGGCCUUCUGGACAGCCUGACUUUCCUUCACCUGCCACAUGGCAUCAUCUGUCUCCAUCUUCAACAUGUACACCAAGCUGGUGCUGGAGUUCAAGUGCAAGCACAGGAAGAGCUUCGAAGGAAACUUGAGUUGCCUACCACACCACCACCGGCGUUUCCUUCAACCGCUGCCCAGGUGCAGCCCCCCUUUGACCAGCUACCACCAGUACCACAAUCAGCCCAGCCACUUUGUCUCUGAAGGAGGUGUCUAUGCAGAGCUACGCAACCAGGGAUUCCAACAAGACACCAGCCAGCUGCUCAAAGAGCUGGCUGGGUCUCCUGUAGAAGAACAGUGUUAGGAGUAAGUGGGUUUUGGAGAGCCCCACCUUACAUGCUUGUUGUCAACACGUGUUUAAGCCAAAGUCUGUUUCUUGAGCAUGGUUUUUAGAGGUUAAGGACGAGGGUAUGUCCAAGAACAAGUAUAAAGUGUGUAGGGGGCAGAGAGGGGGAGAGAGGGGUUUGCCAGGUGCCACUGAUCCCUUUCCCUUCACAGCUCGAUCUCCUUUCACGGUCUAUACCUCACGCGUUCAGAUUCGUUCUCUCCUUACUCAUUGUUUGUUAUGUGCUGGGUUCUGGGCUAAGCAAUGGAGAUAAAAAAGAGGAGUAAAAUGCAAUUUUUUCCCUUUAGGGGCUUAUCAAUCUGGUCAUCUGUCUCCAGUUUGAGGAAUGGAGGUGGGCAAAUCAGUAGUCGAUGAUUGUGGCUCAGUUUUGCAUGGUGCCCUUGAAUGUCCCAGAAGUCACA